AUGUCUUUAGCAGAUUCGGCCACAUUCCGCUGCAAUCUCCACCGCUACGACGAUCCCGAUCAGCUUCUCCAAAUUCGAAUACGUCAUUCAACACGUCUUCUCACCGGAUCGCCAUUCUCCGGAUAUCCUUUCAAUAUCGUCCAUGAAACUCUCCCUACUACAAUGGCGGAUGCUCAGUUCCCCCUUCCUCUGCGAGAGCUCGAAGAUCCGUUGUUCUGCCAAGCUUACAUCGAGGAAUUUCUGAGUUCUUACAACCUUGGUGCCACAAUAAAAAACGCCAUUGCUCGGAGGAUUGCCUCGUUCGUCGUUCAAAUGGCGUGCGGAAACUACGAGAUGACGUUCUACAUCGUUGCGGAAAUCGAUUACAUCCAGAUGUUUUGGUUGGAUCAGAGUGCGAUUGCAGCAGAGGAGGAGGAGGAGGAGGAAGAAGAUGAGGAGGAGGAAGAAGAUGAGGAGGAGGAGGAGGAGGAGGUGAUUUUUGACAACUUUUCGGGGAGGAGAGGGGCGCCGGAGACGGCGAUAGAGAGGUUGAAGAAGGAGAAAUUCGAUGGGUUUGGGGGAGAAGAUUUGGGGAAUUGCAGUGUGUGUUAUGAUGAGAUGAAGGACGGUGGGGAAGAAGUGAGCAGAAUCCCCUGCGGACACGUGUAUCAUAAAUCUUGUGUUCUCACUUGGCUUCAAAGGAACAACUCAUGUCCUUUGUGCAGAAAGAAACUAGAAGCUUAAGAGAUUCAAAGUUUUUUCUUUU